CAAAGCUUCUAAUGAUCGUCACUAAAGCUACCGACCCCUCCUCCCUUUCCAACCUCUCCGAUUGGCGAACCACAAAGUUCGACCUCGACCUCACCGUCGACUUUGGCAAGAAGAUCGUUACCGGAACCGUCGAGUUGGCACUCAAACCCACCCAUGUUAACGUUACUGAGAUUGUCUUGGAUACGUCGUAUCUGGAUAUCCACUCCAUCCGUAUCGGCGAAGAGGACGUCGAUGACUUCACUUUGGACGAACGCAACACCCUCGGUUCAGCGCUCCACAUUCCACACGUGUUGCGUACACGGAUGGUAAACACGACGGUGCAUGUCUCGAUCAAAUUCUCCACUACAUCAAAUUGUACCGCGCUGCAAUGGCUUCCCCCAGCUCAGACAUCCGGCAAGCAACAUCCCUACCUCUUCUCCCAAUGUCAAGCAAUCCACGCACGAUCCCUCUUCCCGUGCCAAGAUACGCCCUCAGUCAAGGCGCCCUACACCGCACGCGUUCGGUCUCCAUUGCCGGUCGUCAUGUCCGCUCUCCGCACCUCAACCUCCUACGACCGCGAUACUGGAUUGACUGAGUACAACUUCGAACAACCCCUCCCAAUCCCAUCCUACCUCGUCGCCCUCGCAUCCGGCGACCUAGCCUCCGCCCGUAUCGGCCCCCGCUCGACGCUCUGGACCGAACCCAAAGAACUCCUCGCCUCAAAAUGGGAAUUCGAACACGACACAGAAGAAUUCAUCCGCACCGCCGAAUCAACCGUGUCCAACUACGCCUGGCAAACCUACGACAUCCUCAUCCUCCCCCCUUCAUUCCCCUACGGCGGCAUGGAAAACCCCAAUAUGACAUUCGCGACCCCGACAUUGGUGAGCGGUGACAGGAGUAAUGUCGACGUUGUCGCGCACGAGUUGGCGCAUUCGUGGAGUGGGAAUUUGGUUACGAAUGUUAGUUGGGAGCAUUUUUGGUUGAAUGAGGGGUGGACGGUGUACCUUGAGAGGAUGAUUUUGAGGGGGAUGCAUGGGGAGGAGGCCAGACAGUUCUCCGCACUUAUUGGAUACCAGGCGUUGGUUGAUUCGGUGGAUGAGUUCAAGGAGCAGGGGCAUAUGGAGUAUACUCGCCUCAUCCCGGACUUGACGGGUUGCAAAGACCCAGAUGAUGCCUUCUCCAGCGUGCCCUACGAGAAGGGCUUCGCCCUCCUCUACCACAUCGAGAAAACGAUCGGUAUGGACUUGAUGGAUGAAUUCACGAAAGCCUAUUUCGCAGAAUACAGACUCAAAACCAUCGACUCCUUCACCUUCCGCUCAUUCCUCGAAAACUGGGUCAAGACCAACGGAGGCGAAGAGGUGAGCGAGAAAUUGGCGAAAGAGAUCGAUUGGGAAGACUGGUUUUACGCGCAGGGCUUGGCAAAGGUUGAUCCCAAUUUUGACACUACGUUGGCGCAGAAGUGCUACGCACUGACCAAGAAGUGGGAGGAGGCGGACGACUCGACGUCGUUCUCGAAGGACGACAUCAAGGACUGGCUCCCCGGCCAACUUGUCCUCUUCCUCGACAAGUUGGGUGCGCUGUCCACGCCCCUCUCCAACUCCAAAGUCGAGAAGCUCGCUGCGGCAUAUGACCUCCGCUCCUCUCACAACGCAGAAGUCCUCUCUCGCUACUACGCCGUCGCCCUGAAAAGCAAGUGGUCUGACGUCUAUAAGGAGGUCGCUGACUGGCUCGGAACGGUGGGUAGGAUGAAAUUCGUGAGGCCCACGUAUCGCUUGUUGAGGGAGUCGGAUAAGGAGUUGGCUGUGAAGACUUUCGAGCGAUUCAAGGACUUCUAUCACCCAAUCUGUAGAGAGAUGGUCAAGAAGGAUCUUGGCCUCUGAAGCACUCGAG